AUGGCACAGAAAUAUCAAGAAGAAAGCAAAGAUACAAGUAUCAAAGAUUUUGAGGAUGUAGAUCAAGGGAUACAGCUCAAGGUGGCUAACACGUGGGAGGAUCUUGCAUUGAAAGACAAAAUGAUGAAGGGAAUAUAUGGGAUGGGAUUUGAAAGCCCGUCGUUUAUACAGAAGGCAGCAAUACUGCCGAUGAUAGAUGGCAGAGACAUCAGAGCACAGGCACAGAGUGGAACAGGAAAGACAGGUGCGUUUGCAGUUGCAGCGUUGCAGAUAUGCGAUGAGAGCAGCGAUACAACACAAGUGCUUGUUCUGGCAUCUACCAGAGAGAUUGCAUCUCAGAAUGCAAGUAGGUUUGAAUCGCUUGGAUGCUACAUGGGCGUAAGGGUUGGACUGUUAUCUGGAGGAAGUCCAGUUUCUGAAGAUAAGACAAUGCUUGGAACGAAGCCACAUAUUGUUGUAGGCACACCAGGAAGGGUUGAUCACAUGAUCAAGGACGGGGCAUUGAAUAUGGACCACAUAAAACUGUUUAUUAUUGAUGAGGCAGAUGAGAUGUUGAAAGCUGGGUUCCAAGAGGAUGUGAAGAAGAUAUUCAGAAGCAUUACAAAGAAGGACGAGGUGCAGAUUGCAAUGUUUUCGGCAACCUAUGAUGAGGAAGAGUUGAAAGUAAGUGAGGAAAUACUGAUUAAUCCAGUGAUUAUUGAUUUGAGGCACAAUGACCAGACUUUGAAAGGAAUCAGACAGUAUUAUAUUGAUCUUAAGAAGGAGCCGACAUUCAGAAAUGGAAGAGAAGAGUAUCUGUUGCCGAAGUUGGUGACGCUGUAUGACAUAUUCAAGAAGCAACGCCUUGGUCAAUGCAUUGUGUUUGUUAACAGCAAGGAGGAUGCCAGGAUUGUGUAUGAUUGGCUAAAGAGGAAUGAUUGGGAAUGUGAGCUUAUAUCAGCAGAACUGACACAAACAGAGAGGGAAGCGACGCUGAAUAGGUUCCGUGAGGGAACAGGGAGGUGUUUGAUAUCAUCUGGAUUACUUUCUCGUGGGAUUGAUAUACAGAAUCUUUCAGUUGUGUUUUGCCUAGAUGUGCCCAGUUUUGAAAGAAGAAGCACAUACAUACAUAGGAUAGGAAGGUCUGGAAGGUAUGGAAGAAGGGGAAUAGCAAUAAAUAUUGUUUAUGAACAUGAGCUGAAGAAUCUCAGAGAGAUUGAGAGGUUCUACAGCACCACCAUCAAAGAACUUCCUGCAGAUUUCAGUUUCCAAUAA